UCUCUCUCGCCGACAGUCCUCGCUCUCUCUGUCUUCCCCUCUCUCCUCUCUCCGUGUAAAACACUCAGAAGAGUUCCGGCACCCAUCGAUCGCUCCGCGCCUCUCCUCCCAUGCCUCCUCCUCCGCCUCUGUCGCUACCGCUCCCCUCUCUGCCGUUACUGCCGCCGCUGUUGCUGCUGCUUACACUUAUUCUGGGGGGCUCCCGAGCCGGGCUGUACGAGACUGGGGGGCCCGUGGUGGAACUCGGGGCCGAGGGGAUUCGUCUCGCCAUCGUCAACUCCACGAGCGCCUGGGCGGUCCACUUCUACACGGAGUGGUGCGGGCACUGCGCAGACUUCGCUCCCGUCUGGACAGCGCUGGCGAAAGACAUCACAGAUUGGGGGGCCGCUGUGCGGAUCGCCGCGUUCGACUGCGCAGGGACCCGGGGUCGCGCCUACAGAACGUGUCGCGACCUCGGGGUCAGGUCAUGGCCACAGUACACGUUCUACAAAGCGUUCAGCAACUCAUCCCUGCACGGGGACUCCUACCCUGAGUUGGAGGGCACGACGCAGGCCCUGAGGCGCUGGGUCAUCUCUCACCUGCUGAGACACGCGGCUGAAGAAUGGCCACCAGCCUGCCCUCCUCUCGAGCCUGCCAGUCUGCAGGAGGUGAUGUCAUUCCCCCGUGAGGAGGAGCAGGGAGACACCCUGGCCCUGAUCUUCGAGGAUGAGGAAUCUUUCGUGGGUCGUGAGGUGAUUCUCGAUCUGCUGGCGUACGAGCGACUGUCCGUGCGCCGAGUGCUGAGCUCCGAGUCGCCCCUCGUGCGCGCGUUCGCAGUCGAUUCCUUCCCCACGUGCCUCCUCCUCCACCCCAACGGCACGCGCGCGCGUGUGCACGUCCGCAUGGCGGUGCGAUCGUUCUUCGCCUACGAGCUGCGGCGCCUGCCGGGGGUGACGCGUGGAGAGACGUCCACAGUCGCCCACGCACCGGGCGACGCUGCGGAGACGCGGGCGCCCUGGAGGGAGUUCGACAGGUCUAAGGUGUACAUGGCCGACCUGGAGGGAGCCCUGCACUACGCGCUGCGCCUCGAGGUGGGCACGCGGACAGAGCUCUCGGGGGCCUCGCUCGCCGCACUCAAGAACUUCGUUCGGGUCCUCGUGAAGUUCCUCCCCGGGCGUGCGUGCGUGCUGCGCCUGCUCGAGUCGGUGCUCCGCUGGCUCGAGGCGCUGCCCCCGCGGCGUCGCGUCACCUCGCUCGAACUCGAGCGACUCCUCGACGGCAGCCACGCCGAAGGCGGCGACCUCCUGCCGGACGUGGCCACGUGGGUGGGGUGCCAGGGCUCGGGCCCGCGGCACGGAGGCCUCCCGUGCGCGCUCUGGGGCCUGUUCCACGUGCUCGCCGCCUCCGCAGCCAUCGCCAACGACUCCCUCGUCGCCACGGGGGACGCUCCUGCGUGGGACCCGCUGGAGGUGCUGCGUGCCGUGCGGGGCUACGUGGCUCACUUCUUCUCGUGCCGGUCGUGUGCGCUCCACUUCGACGCCGCGGUGCGCCAGGGCGCAGCGGCGGUGCGCGACGCCGACGCGGCCGCGCUGUGGCUGUGGCGGCAGCACAACCACGUCAACGCGCGCCUCGCCGGCUCGCGCGCCGACGACCCGGCCUUCCCCAAGGCCCCGUGGCCGCCGGCGGCCCUCUGCCCCGAGUGCCGCGUGUCGCUCGGCGCUCGCUGGACCUGGGACGAGGCGUCCGUGCUGCGCUUCCUCAAGCGCCACUUCUCGGCCGACAACGUCGCCCUCGACUUCCUCUCCCCGCCUUGCGCCUCCGAGUUCGCCGGCGACACGGAGCGGCCCCCGGCGCCGCGGGGCCACCGCGGCCGCGGGGCCGACGACGACGCCGGGGACGUCGCCGGGGACGUCGCCGGGGACGUCGCAGCGCCUCCUCCGGCGCGUCGGGAAGACCCCAUGGUCGACCUGGACGCCUUCGAAGAGCGGCAGCUGCAGCGGUGGAGGACGCAAGGGGCGGCGGCGGCGGAGGGCGACGCGGGACGGCGGGCGGCCCGGACGAUGACGACCGCGACGGCGGCGGCGGCGGAGGAGGAGGAGGAGCGGUGGAGACGCGCGGGCGGCAGUCGCCUCGCCGUGCGAGCCGGCGACUUCUCGGCGGUGGACGCGGGGCUGUGCGCCCUGCUCUACGCCUGCUCCUCGCUCUGCCUGCUCGCCGUCUACUCGUGCCUGCGACGCAGGGUCAGGGGCACGGAGGGCGCCAGGGGGAGGAGGACGGCGGCUGGGGGGGCCUUGGGUCACUGA